AUGGAUCCUCAGUAUGCUACCGUUGACCAGUUAGCUGAGAUUACCGAUACCAUGGCGUCACUUAGGGACGCUAUCUUGGGACUAGGUCAGAGGAUUGAUGGGCACCAAGCCCAGCCAUUGCCGAUUCCAAGGAGCACCCUGCAUGACUCUACCACACCACCACCACCACCACCACCACCACCGGUUCAGUCAGCUCCCCAGGCUGGAGCAUUUGUGUUGCAUGGUCAGACUGAGACUACGCCGCAUUCUGUUGUGGCACCAGCACAUAUUGUUGAUGAUACCCAGGCUCGGAUUGACAGGAUUGAGCAGAGGAUGAGAUCACUACAUGUUUCUGAUGGGAUGAUGAGGUGGGAUGGAUAUGAUGAUCUGCCGGUAGCAGCUUUGCCUGUUGAGUUCCGCAUGCCGGACAUUGAGAGAUACAUGGGGAUAGGGUGCCCCCGUAUUCACUUGCAGCUAUACAACACUGUUAUGCGCGGGCAUAGACUGGAUGAGACACAAAUGAUUAUGUUAUUCCCUCUAUCAUUGAGUGGUGCUGCUCAGCGUUGGUUUGCCUCAUUGGACCCUUUGAGACGUAGGACAUGGGCUGAUUUGGGACAGGAAUUUAUUAGACAGUAUUCUUUCAAUACUAUAGUGGAUGUAUCCCGGAGGGAGUUAGAGGCCCUCAGACAGGGGCCGGAUGAGUCAGUUACUUCAUUCAUUUCCCGUUGGAGGGAGAAGAUAGCACAGAUUAUUGAUAGACCUUCAGAGCGCGAUCAGAUCAGUAUGAUUAUGCGUAGCCUUCAGCCCCGCUUUGCUAGGCAUCUCAUGGGCUUCCCUCAAACAGACUUUGACUCGUUAGUGCAGGCCCUCUAUGGUAUUGAGGAGGGUAUAUCUAGAGGUUUAUGGGCAGAUUCUUCCCCUUCAGACUCAAAGGGGAAGAAGUCGGGAUCAGGCCCCAGGCCCUCAGAUGUUGGUACUAUUGGCAUGACAGGACACCGGUCUUCACGUCGUCCUCCGUUUCAGAGUCAGUUUUUUGGCACUCCUUAUCAGAUGAUACAGCAUGAUCAGUACAGACCAGUUGCUCCCAUUAGGCCAGUAGGGCCUACUUAUCUACAUCCGCCACCACAGCCAGUAUAUGCUACACAGGCACCCCAGAGGCCGCCUAUGCAGUUCCAUCAUCAGUAUAAAGCACCGCCUCCACCGAGGCCAGAUUUGAUAGAUCAGGGCUUAGUUGAUUUGGGGCGCCCGGGUGUGGCCACAGACCCGCUACCUACUCAUGACACUAGAGCAGUACCUUCACCCCCGGAAGGGGUACAUUUGAUUGAGUUUGCAGGGGAUGAGAUAUUUAUGAUGGGUUGGGAUGGAGAGGCUCCUCAGCCGAUCAGUCUAUAUGAGGAGUCAGAUUUUGUUGGAUAUAUACCUAGACAGCAGAUCCCCAGGCCAUUCAUUUUGACCCCGGACGAGAUUUAUGGGCCGCCUCUAGUAUCACCGGUAUACUUACAACAUGUGCCACCUAUGACACCCUUCAUUUUGUUCCUAGAGGAAUAUAAGCUCCCUCAUAGAGAUGUUCAGAUAGUUACACGAAGUGGAAGGGUAGCACAACCUCCACCCGUUGACAGGCCAUUUGCUGGUAUAGCUGCCAGAGAGGAGGUUCAGAGGGAAGAUGAUGAGAUAUUACGCCAACUGCGCACUACUCAAGCUCGCAUAUCUAUUUGGAGCCUUUUGGCCUCAUCUAGUACACACAGAGAUGCAUUGGUCAGAGCCCUUGGCCAGAUUAGGGUUGACACUGCUACUACCCCAGAGGGGCUUAUUCACAUGUUGACAGCUGAUAGAGCUACAUGCAUAGUGUUUUCUGAUGAUGACUUGCCACCAGAAGGAUCAAAUCAUGUUCGACCCUUAUUCAUUGAUGUUGUUUGUUCAGGCCGUCGGGUGCCGUCUGUUCUGCUGGACAAUGGUUCUGCCCUGAACAUCUGUCCAUUGGUUACUGCUAUUGCACUUGGGUUUUCGCCAGCCGAUUUUGGGGCUUCUACACAAACUGUUCGAGCUUAUGAUGGGACUCAGAGGACAGUUAUGGGUACACUCAGUACACAUGUCAUGAUCGGGCCAGUUAGUUACUCCAUAGUAUUUCAAGUUUUAAGGAUUCAGUCAUCCUUUAACCUGCUUCUUGGUCGCCCAUGGAUUCAUAAGGCUGGUGCUAUACCAUCUUCCCUCCAUCAGAAGGUGAAGUUCAUACAUGAGGGGUGCAUUAUCACGAUACAGUCUGAUAGAGAUAUUAUCACUUCGUCUGAGCCAGUGUUACAUAUCAGUCACAGUGAGGAUGACUUACAUUUGACCGGGUUUACGUUCGAUGAGGUUCAGGUUGUCAGCUUAGAGGAUGGCAGCAGAGAUAUGGUACCUAUGUCGUUCGACCAGCACAGCAGUACUUUGGUGCUCAGCAUGAUGAGAGGAAUGUCUUAUUUGCCUGGUAUGGGAUUGGGUCGCCGCCAGCAGGGGCCCCACGAGUUUACUUUCACAGUUGAUCAUGACACGCCCUAUGGAUUAGGUUACAUCCCCACAGAGGCUGAUGCACAUAUAUGUCACAGCUGCGCAGGAUAG